CUUAGUGACUGCCACCGACAUGGCAUGAUCUCUUCCGUUGAUACAAUCUAACGGAUCACAGUCUUUUCCUCCAUGCAGCCUCAAUGAUUCCUUCCUCAGGGGAUCUCAAGUCUGAACCCUUCCCCACCAACAGAGACCAGAAAAACUGGCGGGUACUGCCACCACCGUACCAUUCUUCGCCUGGGGAGGAGACUUAGAACUGCGACCAACAUCACAUCUGAGGAUUGCCUGGUUCAAAACCCUAAACCCUAAUUGCUUGAGCUCAUAGUGGCAUUCCCCUUCCUUAAUUCUCCAUCCCAUUUUAAAACCAGUGCAAUGAAAUAAGUAAAUCCACCGGCCUCUGCAAUCCUAUAUCUAUCCCUCAUCUUUCUUGCUGGAAGGAUGUCUCUGCGGCUGGUAGCAGCAAAUUUACUCAAAAAGUUUCGUUUUCCUUCUCGCAAUGCUUCUUCUUCUUCUGUAAUAAUCUCUAAUGCGUUGCCUAUCUCAAUUCCUGGCAAAAGUGUUACCCGUCAUUGGUAUGGAACUGGUGCAUAUGGUUGGAGGAUAGAUUCUAGUAGCCAUUGUCUAUGGAUGGUGGUAUAUGGACAUCUUGCAUUAAUUCUUGGAAUCAAUGCCAACCCUGUGUUUGCCAAAGAAGCACCAAUGGAAGCAGUUCCUGAUAGUGACACUGAAACGGAUGACAUGAUUGGAUUGCAAAAAGUUGAGGAUGGCUCUGUAGUAUCAAAUAUACAUACAUCGAAAUGGAGGGUCUUUACUGAUAAAGGGAGAGAAUUUUUUCUUCAGGGAAAAAUAGAUGAAGCUGAAAAGCUCUUCCUUGCUGCAGUGCAAGAAGCUAAAGAAGGUUUUGGCCGGAGAGACCCACAUGUUGCAUCUGCAUGCAACAAUCUGGCCGAGUUAUACAGAGUCAGGAAGGCUUUUGACAAAGCAGAGCCACUAUAUUUGGAAGCUAUCAGCAUAUUGGAGGAGUCAUUUGGACCUGAAGAUAUACGAGUGGGAACUGCGGCUCAUAACCUUGGGCAGUUCUUCCUUGGACAGAGGAAGUUGGAAGAAGCUCAUGGUUACUAUGCGAUGGCUUUGAAGAUAAAAAGGCGGGUUCUGGGACAUGAACAUCCAGACUGUGCUGAUACGAUGUAUCAUCUAGGAGUGGUUCUGCAUCUUCAAGGAAAGGCAACGGAUGCUGAGGCCAUUAUUCAGGACUCUAUAAGAAUGCUAGAGGAAGGUGGUGAAGGAGAGUCCAUUAUAUGCGUUAGAAGACUUCGAUACCUUUCUCAGAUAUAUAUGAAGUCACAUCGGCAUGCUGAAGCUGAGAUGAUUCAAAGGAAGAUUCUACACAAAUUGGAACUAUUAAAGGGGUGGAAUUCCUUGGACACUAUCGCUGUGGCUGAAAGUUUGGCUCUGACUCUGCAAGCGUCUAAUAAUUUAAAAGAUUCGCAAGAUCUUCUUGAAAGAUGCCUUAAUGCCCGGAAAGACAUACUUCCUCACGAUCAUAUUCAGAUUGGUGCAAACCUCCUGCAUCUAGCAAGGGGGGUGCUGCUCAGCAUCAGGCAACUGCACAAGUGGGAUGCUAUUGGAGAAGCUGAGUUUGAUAGGGCAAAGGAUCACUUGGACAAUUCCAUGAGGAUUGCACGUCAAGUUUUAAAUAAAUUAUUGAAACAAAAAGUCAACACAAAAAAUUACAGUGCACUGGGACGUUCUAUGAAGGAAAGACAAGCUGCAUUAAUCAUACUGCUGCAAUCACUCAGUACUUUGGCAUCAUUGGAGUUAGCAAAGCAAGAAUUGCUGGGAAUUCAGGAAGAGCAUUUACAUCUUGAAGCUAGGAAGGCACUUCUUCAAUGCGUUUCCUCUUAUAGGGAGUAUGUAUCUGAGAAGUCAGUAGCUGAUUCCACUGAAAUAAAGAAGGAUUAUCUUUCAUGUUUAAAGCGCGCUCAAAACUUGCUUGGCAGUAAACUCGCUGAGGAGCCAACCAGUUUAGAGGAUUCCUGAGCUGAACUAAGCACGUUGAAUACAAAUUUUUUGCUUGGCAGAAAAAAAUAGCCAAGCUGAAUAGAGAUUUUUAUUGUACCUGAUAGAAGGUGGCAUGCGGGACAUGAUGUGUGCCACGCUAAAUUAAGAUGAGAAUCAUCUUGUCUUGGCUUCCCCCCAUAGUCAUCUAAAUGUGGGAGCUAUAUACUGUUUUAUUUGUAGUGUAAUUAGGGUUGUUCUUUACUUGUUUAAUUUGUUCAGGACAAAGUGUUUGUCCCUCAAAACAUCCAAUAGUUAAUUCUCAAGUAACUGGCCCUCAAUAAAAUAUUCCUUGGAAAACACUUGGAUA